AUGGAAAUGUACAGAAAGUACGGGCCCAUUUUUGUCGAGAGGCUGCAGGGUCGGUACUCUCUGGUGCACAUCGUCAAAGGCACAGACAUACGAAUACUGCACCAGGAGGAAGGCAAGGAACCUUUCAGGUUGGGAGCUACGCCCUUGAAGCACUAUCGCUCAUCCAGGCCCCUGUACUACGCCAACGUCGGUCUUCUAAACCUCCAAGGAAAACAGUGGCAAAGAGUCCGUUCGAGCACGCAGCCACACACGCUGAAAGUCCGCACAGUGACUUCAUACCUACCAGCCAUGCACAGAAUCUCCAACCAAGCUCUGACACUCAUUGAUGAGAUCAUGGAUGAAAACGGAUUUGUAAGAGACUGUUUUUACAUCUUCCAGCGAUGGGCCCUCGAAAGUAUAGCGUCGAUCACCGCCGACGUGGCACUGUGCUGUUUGAAGCAUCCAUUUGAUCCAGCAUCGGAUGGUGCGGCCAUAUUGGAUGAUAUAAAGGAAGCUUUUACGUGCCUACAGAAGCUCGGCUACCGGUUUCCAUACUUCCACUAUUUGCGCACGCCCACUUGGCGACGUUUCGAGAACGCUAUGGAUGACUUGACAGCCAACAACAUUUUACGAAUCGAUGAAACCGCCCUUAUUGCGUCCAAGGACUCAGUUAUAGGAAACAUCGGGGAGCGUGGCGGUCGCUCGGAACCACCACUGGCCGGCGGCAGCAUCGAGCUUCGUUUAGGCGCAGUAUAUAGCAGCGGUCUUAUUUUCCAGACCGCUUUUGCAACGACCUGCUUGCUGUUCCGAUUAGCGAAAGACCAAGAUGCUCAGAAGAAAGUGCGCCAAGAAGUUCAGGCUGCAGUUCAGGAAAAGUCGGGUUUCAUAGUGCCUGAGCAACUGGAGAACAUGCCGUUCCUGAAGGCGUGCCUUAAGGAAAGCCUCAGGUUGAGCCCUCCUGCCCCUAGAAUCUACAGAUUAUUAGACCACGAUGUUGUGAUGUCAGGCUACGUGGUGCCUGCUGGGGUGCCUAUUUUUAUAGAUUACUACGUCUCUGGACGCAUCCCUGAAAAUUUCGGCAAUCCGGAGCUUUUCCUGCCUGAGCGCUGGCUGAAAACGCAGCGGGGUGACUUGCACUCCGACAGAUACGCAUCCCUCCCGUUCAGCUUUGGCCCACGCAUGUGCCCUGGUCGAACAAUAGCGGAUAUCCAGGUGUGCCUACUUGUAUCCAAGCAAAAUGGCUAG